GGGAUGAGCUACUCUUUGGAUUGUCAAAUAUUGACCUGGCCACAGGAUGGUGGACAUUAGUCUCAGAUUCUGGGCAUUUGGUGACUGACGAUCCAGACAACAGAUCAAAGCAAUGUCCGUCAUGAGAUGGACUCUUGUCUUCGUUAUCCUUGUUGGGCUUUGUCUGGCCAAUCAUGACAAGUCAAAGAAGGACAAACACAACCAAGACAUUUCUCAAGGACGUGAGAAACAUCUUCUCAGCCCAUCCAAUGACACCAGCGAGCUCUCUGCCCUCGAUCUCUCAGAGAUGAACAGCAACUUUGGAUUCAACCUGUUCAAAAAAAUGGCUGACAACCACGAUGACAACAUCUUCUUCUCCCCGCUCAGCAUCUCCUUUAACCUUGCAUCGUUAAUGCUUGGGUGCCGAGGAAAUACUUAUGACGAGCUCUUGACUGGUCUAAACUGGGAGGCCUUGAAGAAGAGGAAACAAGCUAACCUACUGCCAAAUCUGCUGAAAGAACUCCGAGAUGGAGUGCAAAAAAGCGAAGGCUAUGACCUGGAGCUGGAAAGUCUCUCAUUUGUCCACCAGUUAUUCCACCUCCAUGAUGAAUUUAUUAAUGAGACGAGGAUGUACUUCGACAUGGAGUACAUUAGUCUUGACUUCCAUGACCGGGAGAUGAAAAACAUCAUAAAAGAAUUUAUUAUCAAAAAGACAAAGGGUAAAGUGACAGGGAUCCAAGAUGAGAUCGACCCCCAGACCAAGAUGAUGCUCCUUGACUUCAUCCUAUUUAAAGGUAAAUGGCAAAUUCCCUUUAAACGAGAGCAGACAAACCUCAAGUCCUUCUUUGUCAACAAAUAUAAUUCAGUAAAAGUCCCGAUGAUGUACAAGACUGAAAAAGUCGCCUCAAUGUUCGACAAGUCGCUGUCCUGCACGGUGUUAAACCUCCCAUACAAAGGAGGCGCUCACAUGUUGAUCGUCAUGCCAGAGAAGGGAGGAGACCUUGACUCGUUAGAACCCAAAUUAUCAAUGAAGCUUGUUAUGUCCUGGCUGGAGAGAAUGAAGACCAGAAAAACAGAUAUUUUCUUCCCAAAAUUCCAACUUGAUCAGAAGUACAAGCUGAAAUCUUACCUGGAGAAGUUGGGCAUUAAGGACGUGUUUUCUGGAGUGGCAAAUUUUACCGGCAUGACCGAGGACAGGAACUUAAAACUUUCUGAGGUCACCCAAAGAGCAGUGAUCAAUAUAGAUGAGAUAGGGACAGAAGCUACAGCCGUCACCGGAAGCGAAAUUGUUGCCUUCUCAUUGCCGCACACAAUUCACGUGAAGCAUCCCUUCGUGUUCAUGAUCUUCAAUGAAAACUACAAAUCUCUGCUGUUCAUCGGAAGAAUUAUCGAUCCCACCCAAUCCUAAUUAUUUUUUGAUCCCAACCAGUUGAAAGGAAUUACUCUUCCCACAGCAAAACUUCCAUCUAUAUAGAACACUUUCUCUCUUUCUUAAAGGGUGUGCAUAAUUUUUCUACCAAAUUCUUUUUAAAGGGUGCCACCCCACAACUUGACGAAGCCAUGCGGACCACUUGUUGCAAAAUUGUCCGCCAAUUGGUUUCAUUGGGUGGAAGUGGCUUGGCUGGGUGUGCCCAGCCGUAUUGUGGGGAUGUGCCCUAAUUGCUCCAACAGAUCUAAAAUACAAAAUUUAUGUAACCAGGCUAACAUAUAAGGCUAGGACUAAACCAGGGAGCAGAGUCUAAAGCAGUGAUGGCUAACCUUUGCACUCUAGCUGUGGUGCAACUACGACUCCCAGCAUGCUCCAUUUAUUUCUAUGGAGUUCUGAGAGCAACCCAGAAAGGGGGGCAUCUUAGGAGUUGUAGUUUUACCACAGCUGGAGUGCCAAGGUUAGCCAUCACUGGUCUAAAGUAUUAUGCACUCCUUACCCUUAACCCCCACAAGGGCAUACAGUUUUCCACAGAAAAUCCCCAGGUCAUUACCCCAGGAGUAGUCUCUGUUAGCAAUGGCAGCCAAGUAGGUCACGGCAGUCAGCAGACAAGAAGACAUGGUCAAGUAUACAAACUUGAUCGAUGCCCAAUGGAACAGGAACAAAGUCUCCUUUACUUACUUCAGAAACCAAAAGGACCUUGCUCAGGCAGGGCCCAGAAAGGGGUGAUCCCACUAAUAACACUUAUCCCACAUUUACAGUACAGCUCUCGCAGCCCAUAGGAGUGAAUGGAGCACCCGUCAUGCAUUUGCACCUUCUCAUGGGGUACACAUUGACACUUGCAGACCCCCGUUCUCAUGAUCUUUAGGUCAGGCGUAUCACCUAUUCUGUAGACAACUCCUAUUAGUGGGAUGAGGCAUUUGUGCACUAGUUAACAUGAAUGGCUCUUUAAGGGAGCAAGAGCCAGUGUGUGCAGGCGACCUAGAACGGUGUGAUACAGCAGCAGGGUGGCGGCUGGGAGCAGGAACCUGACACCACCACAGGUGAAGCAGCUCUUUCUGCAUACGGCUCCUCUGUAUAUAUAUACAUAUCUCCAUGGUUACAGACUACAAACCCUGGGUGUAGUCUGAUCCUGCAGUCACAAGCUACUUCACUCCUAACACGAGUGCAGGAUCAGGUACAUAGGGUUCGUUUUUAGUCUGUAACCAUGGAGACACAUAGGUCUGCCCCUGAGCUGUAUACAUGAUUAUUGUCAAAUUUCUAUAAAAAACCUGGGAUGCAAAAUUAUACACACCCUUUAAAGAAAAUAUUCUGGAUUCAAGACAGGCCUCUAUAAAACAUUGGGGCACUUUAUAGACUUACUGAAGGUAACAUACACUGCCAUAUUAGAGAAAUUAUAUAUUGUAUUGCUUUUUUAUCAGGAUACAGAAAAUUCUAAUGAUAUAAAUACAUUAUAUUGCCA